UGUCUUUGACGUGCCACUGCUGCCAUCGAUUGAUUAAAUAUAAACUGACAGUCAAAACUAAUUUUUAUUGGAAUUCAUUGUUUCUCAGUCUUGUGAUAGCGUAUCCUCAAAGAUGCUUUCUUCUUCUCUUCUCGGUGGCCUAAGGGCAGCUCGAUCCUCAAUCGUUAUCACAAGAAAUCUAGCUGCAGCGCAAAAGGCUACCGACCCAAUUCAACAAUUGUUUCUUGACAAGAUCAGGGAAUAUAAACAGAAGAGCGCGGGUGGUAAGCUUGUUGACCCGAGUCCAGCCAUUCAGAAGGAAUUAAAAUCUGAAUUGGAGAAGCUUGAGCGACAAUAUGGUGGUGGUUCUGGAGUGGAUAUGACAGCAUUCCCCUCAUUCAAGUUUGAAGAACCAAAACUGGACCCCAUUGAUGAGCAGGCGGCACAGAAGUGAAUAAGCAAUGUAAAUCAAUCUUAGUGUAAAAUAUUUAAAUAAAAGUCCACAGUAACUAAAUAUU